AGGAGAUGAAUCUUCUGGAUUUGUGAAAGCUGGGAGUUAAAGUCAACAAGCACCUUUACCAUCUGGAGCAGUUGUGGUGGCGCCACUGAAACUUUGAUACGGUGCCAAGAGCAAGCUGUAGGAUAUCUGGAUGUCCACAAACUCUAACAUUAACAAGCCCACAGUACCCCCCAGACCACAGGUCCCUCCUAAACCUGAUCUCUGGGGUGCACAAUGGCGGCGGUCCACCGACGUCAUCCUCAGGACAGAGGCGGGAGAGGAGGGAGCGCAAGACCGAAAACGACAGUUGGCCAAGCACAAGUCCUUACCAGCUGUGGUCAAUGGGAGUCCUACACUGAACCAGUCAGCUGAUUUAAACCCUGGUCAAGCCAACGCACAGGAAACACCAGCUUCUCCAGUCAGAGUUAGACCAGUACCCAAACCACGUAGACGGAGGACAGCACAAAACAGUUUAUCACUGUCUGGAUCCAGUGUUGACCGAGAGAUGUCUAUCCUUGAAUCUCAGUCAACAGGAAGCAGUACAUACAAUCCCAGUGAGACUACCGCGACCCAGUUCACUUGUCACUCAUCCUGUCCCUGUGCCUGUCACCGCACCCCUGAAUCUAUACCCAAGCCCGAUGCUCACAAGCUGCCCUACAUGCCCCCUGCACCUGAGGACUACACCACCCACCUGGAGUACUGGCACAUCGUCCAGCCUGAAAAGAGGCGACCUAGCCGUACCCCUCCCUCCAUUCCACUUCCAUGUCUCCCGCUACUAGAAGUGCCAGAACCGUUGCUACCAACGACAGGUGAAUCUGAGGAGCCUGAGAUACUGGAGGCUGUAUAUAUGGAGGUGGCCUCAGAUGGUGAGGAGCACAGCAGUCCAAUAACAAGCAAUCCCACAGAAUCAACCAUUCAGCCUGUCGAGAUACCAACAUUUCAGAAUGGAAACACCAGAUCUUCUCCUUGUCCUGGGAGAAAGUCUUUGCCAUCAAUGAUGAAUAUGAAUUGCAAAAUCACUGACAAAAUUCAUCCUGAUCAUCAAGACAUGGGACUCAUCUGUGAUGUGCUCCUGGGUGAAAUUCCCCAAAAGGUCUACCAACACUGUCAGGAGAAACAGGACACUGACCCAGAAAAGCCCAAAGGGAAAAGAAAGAAGCUCUCCCCUUUGGAAUUACUACUGUCCCCAUUUCAGAGUAAGCAUCAAGCAAAGCGGGCAGCAGACCAGAAGGACUCCACAACCACCUGCGACAUCCAAACAUCUUCAAAGCAGGACAGUCUACAGGAACACUCUCCCAAAGAAAUAUCUGUGUCAAACCCAGACAAGAAACCUGGUGCGAAGGAGAACACGUGGUUGUCUUCCUCAGAGGAGGAGACUGAGGGGUGCAAACUGGAUGACUCAAAAAUAGUGCCCAGUAGGGGGCGACUUCCGACCCUGGAGGGGCUGUGGCAGGAACGUAGCAUAGUGAAGAAGAAAGGGAUACUCAGCCAGCUCAGCAAAGAGCAGCUCCUCCUUCAAGAGAGCUUAUUUGAAGUGGUGACCACAGAGCACACAUACUUGAAGAGUUUAGAUGUAGUUGUUGAGCAUUUCCUGGAGUCACCAGAGCUCAACCAGGUCCUAGAGCCCAGAGACCGCAAGUCUCUCUUCUCGGGCAUCUCCAGGAUCCGACAGAUGAGUCAGAACUUUCUUCAAGACAUGAAGGAGGAGCUGAACUCCAACCUUUUUUGUGACACCUGUAAGGUCAUCCAGAGGUAUGCCACGGGGCCGUUCGGUGCAUAUGUUGACUACAUCCGCAACAUGCCCUACCAGGAGCAGACUCUACACCAUCUGGAACAAAGGAGUCCCCAAAUAAUAGGAAUUCUGCGAAAGCUUCAAGAGGACCCUCGCUGUAACCGCCUGUCACUCAAAUCCUACCUGGUUCUACCCUUCCAGCGGAUCACACGUCUCAAGAUCCUAGUAGAGGCCAUUCUGAAGAAAACUGAGCCAGGGUCGCAAGGUCAAGCAUCGGCUGAAAGAGCCCUAAAGGGUGUUUCCAAGAUAGUUGAGGCAUGCAAUCGUGAGGUUGGCAAAAUGAAACAAAUGGAAGAGAUGGUGCGCAUUGCAAACAAAACAGAAUUUGAGUGCAAGGCUUUGCCGCUGGUGUCUUCCUCUCGCUGGCUGCUGAAACAGGGGGAGCUGGCUCAGCUUUCCGCAAAGGAGAACAUCUUUGGCCAGAGAAAGCUCUUUCCCAUUUACCUUUUCCUCUUUAAUGACCUUCUGCUGCUGACCACAAGGAAAGGGCCAGACCGUUUUGUGGUGCGCGACCAUGCCCAUCGCUCCCUUGUAGAGAUCAACAGUGUGGAGGAUGACGAAAACCCGGAAGGGUGCGAACGCGACAGAACAUUCCAGCUCGCCCUCCUAAAGAACCAAAGAGGAAGCACCUCGCAUCUCCUGUUGCAAGCCCCCUCUCAAACUGAGAAAGCCAGCUGGAUGGGAAUGCUGACCAAGAGAAAAGAAGGAGACGAAGAGAUUUAUGAGGAAUGGGGUGAGUGCUUUCUGGAGGGCUGGAGGGUGGAUGGAGAACGUGGAUGGUUCCCAGCAGCGUGCACUGUGGAGAUCACCAAUGAGCAUGUGCAGAGGCGCCAUCUUCGUCAGCGCUACCAUGUUAUGCAAGCUGCCAAUCGAGUGUUGUGUCGGCGUCUGGGAAAUGACAAGACAGGGACCGCCUGUUUCCGAUAG